CUCAUGCACAUUUCCUUCUUGUUACAAAUUUAAUUCAAAGGAAACCAUCAUGAGUGCUGUUUCUGCCAUUCUUCUGCUUCAGCUGAUUAUUACCAUAGCAACCAUCAAUAUUAGCUUCUGCAAUGGAAGCUCUUACAGCGGUUGCAUUGAGAGUGAAAGAUAAGCACUUUUUACGGUUCAAGCAAGAUCUCAACGAUACUUCGAAGCGGCUCGUCUCCUGGACUGGUGAUGGCAAUUGCUGUAAAUGGGUUGGUGUUGUCUGUGACAAUUUGACAGGCCAUAUCCUUGAGCUCCACCUUCGAAAUCCUUUGAGAGCUGGCUCACCAGACGCGGAAUAUGAAGCCUAUGAGAGAUUAAAAUUGGGUGGUAAGAUAAAUUUCUUUCCAUUGCUUGACUUUAAACAUUUGAUUCACUUAGACUUAAGCGGUAAUGAUUUUGAAGGUGCUCAGAUUCCUAGCUUUCUUGGUUCUAUGGGGAAUUUAAGAUACCUUAAUCUCUUUAGAAGUAGAUUUCAGGGAGUGAUUCCUCAUCAACUUGGAAAUCUCUCAAAUUUGGAAUAUCUUGACCUCUUUUGUAAUGGUUACAGUGAGUUUUCUGUUGAGAAUCUUUUUUGGGAGUCUGAUCUUUCUUUGCUACAACAUCUUGAUUUGGGUGGUGUUAACCUUAGUAAAGCCUCUAAUUACUGGUUGAUGGUGACAAACAAACUUGGUUCUUUGGUAGAAUUAAAAUUGUCACGUUGUCAGCUCCACCACUUUCCUCCGCUAUUCAUAGCAAAUUUUUCGUCUCUUUCUACACUUGACCUUUCCUAUAACAACUUCGAUAGCUCUCUGAUUCUUAGUUGGAUUUUUGGUCUCAGUCACCUGAACUUGCUUGAUAUAAGUUCGAAUAAUUUUGCAGAUCCAAUCCCUGAUGGACUUCAAAACUUGACAUCUCUCACACAUCUUGAUUUAUCUCUCAAUAGUUUCAAUUCUUCAAUACCCAAUUGGAUCUACAAAUUUAGUCGUCUGGAGUACCCUUCUUUUGGCUGGAACAACUUGCAAGGUACAAUUCCAAGCGUUUUGGGAAACCUAAGUUCUGUCAAUCUCCUUUAUCUGUCAUUUAAUAAUCUUGAAGGGAGAAUCCCAAGAUCAUUUGAAAGGCUUUGCAAGUUGAGGUCAAUCUUUGUACAGGGUGCCAAAUUGAGUCAAGAGAUAUCAGAGGUCUUAGAUAUUUUUUCAGGAUGUAUCUCAGAUGGCCUAGAGUUAUUGGAAUUGAGUGACAAUAAAUUUUAUGGUCAUUUGACCAAUAAACUUGGGCAAUUUAAAGAUUUAAGCAGGCUUCUAUUACGUAACAACUCUAUUUCUGGUCCUAUUCCAUUAUCUUUAGCAAAUCUUUCAUCUUUAGUAGAUUUAGAUCUUUCUUGCAAUAAAUUGAAGGAACUCUUCCUCAAAUUCACUUUACCAGUCUGAGUCAAUUG